AUGUCAUCGCUCCAGAUUCCUGACUCCUUAACCCAGAAUUCCCUCUUAAACCUGACGGUGCGGGGCUACAAAGGAAACACUGUCAUUUUCACCAACACCACCACCCUAACCUUCAGUCCCAGGAAUGUGUCCACCUUUAUCCAAACUGACAGAUCCCGCUACCAUCCAGGGGACGCAGUCAAAGUCAGAGCCGUGUGUGUUCAGCUGGAUAACCAUCCAUACAAGGACAGAGUGGAUCUCUCUGUACGGGAUCCCAGUGGGAAUAUCGUUGACAGGUGGGAGUCCACGCCCAAUCUGGGAAUCGUGUUGCGAGAAUUCCCUUUGUCCCAGACGGCUGCUCUUGGACGCUGGGUGAUCGCAGCUACUGUGAAUGGUGUGGCUGACGAGAAGCAGUUUGUUGUGGAGCUUCAUGAGCGCCCACACUUUGACGUUCUGAUCAAGACGCCGUCACACAUCCUUGCUGGAGAUGACGUCUCAGGAUCACUCAGGAUCUCAAGAUACGACAGGAAGCCGCUCAGCUCAGUGGAUCUAAAGCACUCUGCUGUGGUUCAAAUCAAUCAGAUAACGUCUGUGAAAAACGCAGAACCCACAGCUCUGAUACUUCCUGUGUCUGAGGACGGGGACGUCCGCAUCAGGUUUAAAUUACAGGCUCAAGUUGUGACGCUCUUUAUUCAGGCCAGAUUUCAGUCCAGUGAGGAGACUCUGAAGAUUUCCAACAACUUCUCCUCUCCGAGCGACUCGUAUGUUCAGAUCGCCCCCGGCAACACAUCUGCACAGGUGAGCUCUAAAGGCCAGGUGGUAGCUGCUGGGACCCAAAACUCCUCGUCCUUCUCUGUGACCCCAGCGCUGUCCUGGGCCCCUGCGGCCUGUGUCACCGUUUACUGCAUCCUGUCUGACGGCGAGAUCAUCAGCGACGCAGCACAAAUAUCCAUCAGUCGAGACAGCUAUGUGUCAUUAAAGUGGAGCAGUGAAAGCGCCCAGCCAGGUGAGCAGGUAUCGCUGACUGUGACCGGUCUUGAAUCCAGGUCUCAGCUGGCAGUCACGGUAAUGGGGACACACGAUGACGCCCUGCAGCCCGAUCUGAACUUUAAAGAGGAAGGGGACUGUGAUCUUCAGAUCCUGACCAAUACGAAAUUAUACAGGAAAAACCAGCCUGGACCUAAAAAUGAAGGACAUGCCCCAGAGGUGCACAAGGACUGGCACCACUGGAUGGAUGGUGCUGAAGCUUUGCUGUGGUUGAACACUAACGUUAGCAAUCGGACUUGGACAAGUGAGAAAAUACUCGUUCCAGAUGGCAUUACUGCUAUGGGAGCUUUAGCACUGCUGAUGUCGGAGAACCUGGGCUUGGUCUUCACUCCUGUGCUGCAAAAGCUGACUGUCUCCAAAGAUUUUUCCUUGUCUCUGGGCGCCCCAUCACUCCUCAUCAGAGGAGAGGAGAUUGUGUUGGAAGUGAAGAUCAUCAACCAUUUGGAGCAGGAGAUGGAUGUCAUCGUGCUGCUAGCACAGAGCAAGUCCUUUGAGUUUGUUCUGACACACCGAAAAGAUGCAUCUGUUAUCAAUGCUCAGAAAGUCACCGUGGAGAGUCACGGCUCUGCUUCAGCUCUGUUCCCUGUGAGGCCUUUGGCUCUGGGUGAGGUGGAGAUAUCUGUGGAUGCUGUGUCUGCAGAGGCCUCAGACAGUCUUGUUUGGAGAGUGAUGGUGAAGCCCGAGGGAGUUGAACAGUACUUCUCUCAGACGCUGUUCCUGGAGAUGGAACCGGAGAAACGGAACAAAUCCACAGCCCUCUCCUUCUCCUUCCCCCCAAAUGUGGUGCCCGGCAGUCAGAGGGCCCGUGUGGUACUGGCUGGCGAUAUCCUGGCUUUGUCCAUCAACAACUUGGGUUCACUGGUUCAGCUGCCGCUUGGAUGUGGGGAACAGAACAUGAUCCACUUUGCUCCAAGUGUAUAUGUUAUCCAGUACCUGGACACUUCAAACCAGGAUGACCAAGAGCUCAGGAGAAAGGCUCUAGCUUACAUGAUGGAAGGUUAUCAGAAACAGUUGUCCUACCAGAGAGAAGACGGUUCCUUCAGUGCUUUUGGAAACAGCGACACCUCUGGCAGCACAUGGCUGACGGCCUUUGUGCUGCGCUGCUUCCUCCAGGCUCAGCCCUACGUGAAGAUAGACCAGAGCAUCCUGGACAGGGCUGUGUCUUGGCUCUUAAAACGCCAGGGCCCCCAAGGAGAGUUCAGUGAGGUGGGCAGACUGAUCCACACCGAGAUGCAGGGAGGGCUGGAUAAGGGCCCGGUGGCGCUGACGGCUUAUGUCCUGAUUGCACUUAUGCAGGAUGAAGUCUACACAGAGAUACACGAAGCCAGUGUGUCUCUGGCCAGAAAGUACCUGGAGGACAAAGUGUCCAGUGAAGUGAUUAGUAACUACAGCCUGUGUCUGACGGCUUACGCUUUAGCUUUGGUCAACAGUCCCGUCUCUUUCACCGCACUGACUCAACUCGGCAAGAGAGCGGACUACAUCGAUGGAGUGAUGAUGUGGAGUUCGUCUGCAGGCCCGAGGUCACGUAACCAGAAGCUGCCCUCAGCACAGAUCGAGAUGGCCUCGUAUGUGCUGCUAGCUCACAUCAACCGUGGCUCACUCUUUGAUGGCAUUACACAAAUGAAGUGGUUAAGCACACAGAGAAACAAUCUAGGAGGCUACGGAACAACACAGGACACAGUAGUAGCUCUCCAGGCUCUGGCUUCCUACGCAGCGUUCAGCGGUGCCAAUGCCAUCAACCUCAUGAUCAGUGUGUCUUCUCCAGAAUCUUCAUCACUGUUUCGAAUCAACGCCACCAACUAUCGAACAUAUCAAAGUCAAGAGAUUCCUGCUGAAAACGAUCUGCAUCUAAAAAUAUCCAUGGAAGGCAGAGGCUUUGCCACAUUUCAGCUGAACGUCUUUUACCACUUGGAGAGGGAAACCUUUGCAGAGAACCACCAGCAAGCUGCGGACGAAGCUUUCUCAUUACGCAUCGAUGCUGCUGAUGGCAGCGACCGCAAUCACAUGAUGUUGUCUGUAUGCACAAGAUUAAAGGACAGUCAGCUGAUACCUCACACAGGUAUGGUUAUAUUGGAUGUAGGCCUGCUCAGCGGGUUCACACUCUCUCCUGAGGCUGCUGUCCAAUCAGCUGUUAUCAGGAAGGUGGAGACGGCACCCGAGAAAGUCAUCCUGUACCUGGAUUCACUCAACAAGUCAGAGGUUUGUAUCAACCUUCCCCUCGUCAGAAACUACAAAGUGGCCCGCGUGCACGACGCUGUGGCACGCGUUUACGACUACUAUGAGCCAACGAGAAACGCGAUGAGCACGUACAAUUCGCGAGGUCUGCCCGGCAUGGACUCCUGCUUCUUCUGUGGUGCAAACUGUGAUCUCUGCAGGCCUGGAAUCACCAUCACCAUGUCCGCUCAGUCGAUGGCUGCCUACAGCUUCAGCUGCCUGUUUCUCGGACUCACUGUUUUUCUUGUUUUCGUCGGUUAGAUGGACUUGGACUCACACAUUCAUAUGUACUGGAUAUAUAUGUGUCUUUUACACAAAACUCAUUUUGGCCUCGUUCUAUCCAGUGGACUGUUCCUUUGUUUAGUGCUCUCUGCUGUUAACAGUGUCUUCUUUUUUGUAAAGAUGUGAAUAUGAAAUGACUGGUAGUGGAAACGUGUUAAAUUUCUUUUUAUCUAACACAUACUAUCUAAAACAGAUGCAUUUCCAUUUAAAGCUUCUUUAAAGCUACUAUGAUUCCAUAAGUUGAGAAAAAUGAACCAUUAAAUGAAGGAGCGCUGUAGCCGAUAGUAGCAAACAGAAAAAUUAAGGUGACGUUUUCCCUCAUUUGCACACAUGCCCUGUUGUGUCUCUGUUGGCAGGAAAUGCAGAUGUACUGAGCUGCCCAGAGUCAUAUAAAUGCUAAAAAGGAUUAUUGUACAGCUCUGCAGACUUCCAGCAAAUGUCUGACUUGUAGCUUUAAUGUUUUUAAUCCCUGUUGGUAUUCAGUUGAAUAACCUGCUGGAUUGAAGCAGCACUCACCUCACGGAGUUUGCAGGUACACUGAAAAAGGGGAAGUAACCAGGUUUGACGUUACUGAUGGAAUCAUUAAAAUAAUUGUUACUGUAUCUCAGAACAAAUGCAUGUUUAAGUUUGCACCACAUAAACUCUCUA